AUGGAUUCUGUCUUUAUCACUGCUGGUUUUGCAGCUCUAGCGAUCGUCUAUGGGGUGUACCGUCGAUACUCUCAUAUCUCUUUGGCAGACGUUCCUGGCCCAGAGUCUGCAUCGUUUAUCAUGGGGAAUCUGAAAGAACUCUACCAAGGUCAGGCAGCGGAUGCUGACUUCAAGUGGCAAGCUCAGUAUGGGAAUAUCGUUCGGUUCAAGGGCUCUUUUGGCGAAGACCAAUUGAUGAUUUCGGACCCGGCCGCCCUGCAAUACAUAUUUGCAAAGUCAGCCUAUCGGUUUCCCAAACCGCCUGAUCGCCGCGUUCUCUCCCAGCUGAUCAACGGAAAGGGAUUAUCUGGGCGGAGGGUAGGUGACGAUCACAAACGACACAGGAGAAUAAUGCUCCCUGGAUUCGGUGGACCGGAGUCCAAAGCCUUCUUAUUAUUCAAGAACUGCGCCGAGUCUAUGAGCAACAAAUGGACGGAGACCAUCAAUAACUCUAAGGAGGGGUCAGUGGUGUUCAAUAUUCCUGUCUGGCUGUCCCGCGCGACCUUAGAUGCUAUCGGCGAAGCUGCUUUUGAUGUCCGCUUCAGCUCCAUUGACGAUAAUGAAAGCGCCCUGCGCGCUCAUACAGGAUAUGAAUGUCAGACUGACGUAUUUGGAUCCCCGUCAGAUGGGGAGGUACUCUUUCAGGGGAUUUCAAAGUAUAUCCCACGUCGAAUUCUCGAAUACUUCGUAGGAAGGGCCAAAACCCACGUAUCGUGCGCAUGCGUGAGAGGUAACUUGGCGACAUCUGUUGCAAAGCAAGAUGAUAUUGGGGGGCAAGGCAGUCGAGAUGUCUUUAGCUUACUUGUCAAAGCCAAUAUGGAUGCAGAUGCAAAGGCGAAGUUAACGGAAGAAGAGCUGUUUGCUCAGAUGCGUACUAUCCUCCUCGCAGGUCAUGAGACGACCUCGAACACUAUAUGGGAAACGGAAGCGGCUGUGCACGCACGCGGGGAUGUCAACUUCACAAUCGCUGAUUUUGACGCUAUGCCAUAUACUACUGCUGUGAUGAAAGAAGUUUUGAGAUUUUGUCCUGUCAUAUCAUGCAACACCGAUGCGCCAGCCAAGAUGACGUCCUUCCGUUGUCACAGCCAAUCACCACGAUCUGGGCACGUCAUCCGUGAGCUACCAGUUCCGAAGGGUACCCGAAUUGUUGCAUCAAUUGCAGCGUACAAUCGAAACAAGGAGCUCUGGGGCGAGGACGCGCACGUGUUCAAUCCGGAUAGAUGGCUCAAUGGCACAGCCAAAGAGAAGAAGGUGACGUCAAUAGGAGUGUACUCCAAUCUAAUGACAUUCGGAGGAGGAGAGAGGUCGUGUAUCGGAUGGCGCUUCGCGGUGAUCGAAAUUCAAGCCUUUCUUACGGAGAUAGUUGGAAAGUUUGAGUUCGCUCCAACCGAUAAAACCGAACUUAUCGGCGGGAAGCUUGCUUGUGAAGUUGAGAAUGGUGUUCAACUGCCGUUGAGGGUUUCACUGGCACCACGCACUGGUAAGGGAUGUUAA